AUGAUACUUCCCUGUGCAUCAACUAGAAUUGCUAUACUCAAUUAUGAUAGAGGUUAUACAGCAUAUUUAUUAUUUAAUAUUCCAGUAGAAUAUAGUGAAGAAGGUUAUAAAUAUCAAAUUAAAUCAAAUAAUAAAUAUGCAAAACUGAUUCAAGAAGCAUCAGUAAUAAUCUGGAAUGAAUUAUCUAUAGCACAAAAAGUUUUUAUCAGAAUUGGAAAUUUUCGUCAAGUUGCACCUGUAGUACUCAAUGCUAAAAAAACAGCUAUGAUAUUAGAAUCAAUCAAAUCAUCAACAAUAUGA